AGGAACGGUUCUUGCGAGAAGUGCCGUCGUGGUGCUACUUUGAUGUGGCCCGACGUUCGAUUCGCAUAGCAUGACCCAAAUCCUCACUAAUUUCCAUUUAAUAUCAACAACCCUUUAUUACGCCGUUCAACACAUUCACAUUCCGAUUUCCUCCAAGGACAAACAAUUUUAGCUAACAACCUGAAUUUGAUGUUCCCCAAAGUAAUUCUUGUAGCGAGAACUCUAAAUAUUUAGCACGCAAGUGUAAGCAGUUGUACUAGGAGGUCAAAAGCGCUACUCUGUGUAGUAGUUUUUUUAGUGCUUCUUUUACAUACUGCUUUGGCAUUGCAACUGGACUGCCACGCUAGAAGUAGAAAAAUCCCAGAUACUAUUUUCACCCCCGAAAAGAUCUUUAAGCGGAACAAGUUCACCCACAACUGCUAGUGUAAAUCAGCCUGAAGAACGUCGAAGAUGCAAGACGGCCGCCUUCCCCCCUCGUCGACGACCUACUCGUAUCAACGGCAAAAGUGUCUGGGUCUGGAAGAAUGCAACUUUGUCAUGCUUGUCUGGCAUGACUCGAGAGUCUGUGUUGCAUAGGCACGAAAAGGCCCUUUACUUACCUGUCAUGCACGAACCAACGCAGUUUGCCAUGCGGAAUACGUAAGACAUGGCAGCCAAAAAAUUUGUCAUGCGUAGCUGCGUAUUGCUGUGCGUCUAUCAUUCACUUUUAGCACUACAAGUUUCCAGACAUCCAGGGAUAUUUGCAAUCCAUAACUCGCAGCCACGGUCCGAGCGGUCGGAACGCGCCCCGCGGUCAAACGCCAGCCGCGGGAACUCGCGGCAGACCUUAUCAAAUGUAAAAAUGUCUGGGUCUGGAAGAAUGCAACUUGUGAUGCUGCAUUUGGAUUCCAGAAAAAUCUGUAUUGCAUGAGUACCAAAGGGAAGGCAAUUUUUGCUCCGCUGAGAAGGCAUUUGUCAUGCGGAAUAGGCAUCGGGAAGCCCUCAGCAAAUCUGUAUUGCUAGGGUAUGCAUCACAGACAUCAUGGCUCAUGCAAAACGUGCAUGACAAGUGUCCGAAUCUUCCAGACCCAGACCUUUUUACAGUUGAUAGACCUCGGACGCGGGCGACAGCUACGCCCCGACGCGGCGUUUGGCGCCGGCCGGAAGCCGGGGAUAUGGCGUUCUCAAAUGUUACAGUCUCACCUGUUACGUGAUUUUGCAUGCAAAAUUACCUUAAGGCGCCAGAUGGUCAAGCUGCUUCGCAUGACAAAUCUGCGAAGGGCUAGGCAGCACCUCAAUCUGUGCGGAAUUUGUAAUGCAAAAGACGCAACUUUUCCCCAUCUCAAUUUUCAUUUUGCCACUCUUGCAUCACAAAUUCACGUAACAGUUGAGAGUGUAACAGUUGAGAGCGCGACAGGGGACGAAGCGGCAACCCAAGUAGCGGGAAGGACAAGGAGUCGAAGCGCGCCGGCCUGCUACCCGAGAACGCAGCCAUCAUGUUCAACACGAACCAGAGGGAAAACUUGAACCGUAUUUCUGAAUCCUACCACCACAACCAAUCGCCGAACGACCGACGCAUGCUGAACCAGGUCGAGGAGCACGUGGAAAGCCGGUUGCAGUUUGAAAAAGACCAGCAUUUGAAGGAGAAGGAGAGACUAUCAUAAGGGAAAAUCCCCCUCCCUCUAUCGAGAAGGAAAUUUGUGAUGCUGAUUUGUGACCACGAAUCAGCUCUGUUUUGCAUAUGGGGCAAAUGGGAGCCGUUUGACGCAUUGUUUCGCAGCCAAUCUGUGAUGCGCUUUAUUUCCAUACUGCAAAGGUGAAAGGUCUCUGCCAUGCCUAACUGCUAGCCUGUUGCAUACUCAAUAAGGCAUAGGAAGUGCCUCCAAGCGCCUUGUGCAAAAAUACAUAGCGCUGAUUUCAUCGUGUGUACAGUAAUCCAGCAACAGAAAUGUCCUGUUUUCUAUGGGGCGGUGGGGGCUUUUUUUACUUUGAUAGAGACUGAACCGGAAAAUCCAAAACCUCCAGUUUAACCUCUCCACCGCGAGUAUGGGGGUGUCAGGAUCGAAAUCGUCAAAAUUGUCAUGCACAAAAUGCAACUCGAAGAUUGCCUCUAUUGCAGAGGACGCACGGGAGGCAGAUUGUAGUGCUGGUAAGCAGGGUCGCGAAUUCUUGGGCUGCUCUUUAGCAUGACAGAGGGGAGCCCAGUUGCCCUAAAGAAACUGCGUGACAGACUUGCUUUACAGACAGACAAAAUCUGUGGUAGUGCGCCGCCUAUAAACUGUGGGCGUCUAGUAAGUCUCACUGAUAGCGGUUUUAUGCAUAUUUAUACAAAUCAUUUCAACUUUGUCGAUUUCGAUCCUGACUUUUCCAUAGCGAAAAACCAGAUGGGCGGCCUGCUAACGGAUAUGCAGACCAUCGUGCCCAACAUCACCAGCGAGGAAUCGCGCAUUUUGCUGGACUACUUUAGCUAUCAAAUGCAAAAAUGUCUGGGUCUGGAAACUUGUGAUGCUGGUUGGCGAAUCCUGAGGACGCCAUAAGUGACGGCUCAGCAUGACAAGUUUCUGACUUGCUAGGCGUUGCGUAUUCUGCAUGACAGACCGCGUUUCGGCAUGACAGAAAAGUGCCGCUUUUGGGUAACGAGCAUGACAGACCUUGGGGUCAUGCUAGCAGAGCAUGACAAACCUUCCAUUCUUCCAGACCCAGACACUUUUGCAAUCCAUAUUAGCAAGAAACUGGGCGACCAGGUACGUACAAAUAAACGUAAAAGUGUAGACACAAAAAAUAAAUCGACACCUACUACUACUUAUUCUAAUUCAUUAGCACUAAUAAAAGGAAUAUCACACGACCGAGGCCUGCGGCGUUUGUUCAACAAGAACAAGUUCAACUUCUCUACUACAUCUACAACGUGUAGAGGUACUAGAAGAGGUUUUAUAGCUACUUACAACUACCGAAGGAGCUUGAAAGGUUGUAGAGAUGAAAAGAAGUUGAACAUCAAGUUCUCCUCGUGCUUCAUUAUCAUUGAUUUCGUUGAAGCAUGGUGUCAUCCUUCCGAAUUGCUUCUAUAAUCCUGUGUGCUGCUGAGUUGCUAUUAAGCCAAUGCUCUGUAGUUCCUCCUGCCCUACAAAAUUGUGUUGAAACCGAACGUAUGAGAAGUGAAGGGAAAAUGAAACAAUAAACGCUCAACUUUUCAUAUUUUCAGCUCGAGGAAGUCCCCGAUGGGGACCAGACGCAGGCCGGCCUCACGGCUUCCCCCGCCGCGAAUUCUUCUCGGCUGAACAACGGCAUAUCCAUCGCAAAACAAGUUGUAUCUAGCAUAAAGCGCAUGACAAAUUUUCUCAGCAUGAGAGGUGGCAUUUGUGAUGCGGAUUUGGAUUUGCCUUUGACGAGAAGAUUUGUAAUGCAUAAACGGGAUGCUAGUACGACUACACUUUUGCAAUGCAUACGGAAAGAAGUACGGGAAUUUUUCGCGGGAAACCUACAACGGCUCCGACUCGAACGAACAGCAAUUUCGGUCCCUGCCCGGCAGUAUCAAAUGCAAAAGUGCCUGGGUUUGGAAAUCUGUAAUGCUGAAUGGUCAUGAGUGAGCGCGCCUUUGAAUGCAGCAGUAGUGCAUGACAAGUUUUAUUUCAAGCACUUUCUCAUGCUCAGUGCGCAUUACAAACUGCGCUUUUUCAUGACGAAAUUGCGCCGCUUUUGUAUGCUUUUAUGCAAUACAGAUUUUUCUGAAGUCCUGGACACGCAAUACAAAGGUUCAACCUUUAUUCCAGACCCAGGGAUAUUUGCAUUUGAUAGGCAGUAAGCAGGCCCGGGCCGCCGGGGGCGCCAGCGUCGGCCCGCCGGUGCUGCACCACUUGCGCAGGCUAUGAGAGUGCACAACUUCCCCCCCCUUAUUUGCCAUGCAAAAUCUUCCCAAAUCCAGUCUGUUCCUCAUGGCAAUCUUUGCAUGACAAACAAGGUCCGAGCACGGGGACAGAGUCCCCGUGCGGCGACCUUCCGGCACUUGUCUGCGCGGUGGCACUGGGAAGGCAGGUCGCCUGCAGCUAGGUAUCUCGGUGCGCCUUGCGUUCACUGGCCCGCGACGGGCCUGCGGACGCGGCCCCCUUGCUUGCGCGCACUACACUAGACUCAUUAGCCGGCCGCGCGCAAAGAUAAAAGAAAAGAAGAAACUGGCGCGCGCCCGCCGGGUCUGGAGCCGGCCCCCAGGUCAUGACGCGGCGACAGAGUCCCCGCACUGCCCUAGGGCCCUUCUCUGCCCCUUCCAUCCUUGGCCGCGCGGUGUGCUGUCCGGGGAGUGUGCGUAGCUAGCCCUUAGGCCAUGACGCGGGGACCGAGUCCCCGCGCUGGCCUAGGGCUUUCGCCCCUUGGCCGCACGGAUUCACGGGGAGUGCUGCCUGCAAGCUAGCCCCUAGGCCAUGGCGCAGGGACCGAGUCCCCGCGCUGGCCUAGGGUUUUCACCCCUUGGCCGCACGGUGUCCGGGAAGCGCUCAGGCACAGCUGGUCCCUAGGCCAUGACGCGGGGACCGAGUCCCCGCGCUGGCCUAGGGCUUUCGCCCGUUGGCCGCACGGUGUCCGGGAAGCGCUCACAGUUGGCCCCUAGGCCAUGACGCGGGGGCCGAGUCCUCGCGCUUGCUUAGAGCUUUCGCCCCUAAGUCGGCCGCGCGGUUUCGCCGGGGAGCGCUCGCAACGAGCUGGCCCCUAGGCCAUGGCGCGGGGACCGAGUCCCCGCGCUGGCCUAGGGCUUUCGCCCCUUGGCAGCACGGUGCCCGGGAAGCGCUCACAGCUGGCCCCUAGGCAAUGACGCGGGGACAGAGUCCCCGCGCGCGCUGGCCUAGGCAGGGGGGGCCUUCGCCCUUUGGCCGCACGGGGUCACAGGAAGUGCUGCGAGCUAGCCCCUAGGCCAUGCGCGGGGGCCGAGUCCCCGCGCUGCCCUAGGGGUUUCGCCCCGCCCUUGGCCGCGCGGUGUCCGGGAAGCGCUUACAGCUGGCCCCUAGGCCAUGACGCGGGGACCGACCGGGCCCCCGCGCUGGCCUAGGGCCUUCGCCCCUUGGCCACACGGAUUCACGGGAAGUGCUGCCUGCAAGCUAGCCCCUAGGCCAUGGCGCGGGGACCGAGUCCCCGCGCUGGCCUAGGGCUUUCGCCCCUUUGCCGCACGGUGCCCGGGAAGCGCUCCGGCACAGCUGGCCCCUAGGCCAUGACGCGGGGGCCGAGUCCCCGCGCUGGCCUAGGGCUUUCGCCCCUUGGCCGCACGGUGUCUGUCCGGGAAGCGCUCACAGCUGGCCCCUAGGCCAUGACGCGGGGACCGAGUCCCCGCGCCGGCCUAGGAAGUGCUUGCGCCCCUUGGCCGCACGGUGUCCGGGAAGCGCUCACAGCUGGCCCCUAGGCCAUGACGCGGGGACCGAGUCCCCGCGCGGGCCUAGGGCUUUCGCCCCUUGGCCGCACGGUGUCCGGGAAGCGCCCACAGCUGGCCCCUAGGCCAUGACGCGGGGACCGAGUCCCCGCGCUGGCCUAGGGCUUUCGCCCCUUGGCCGCGCGGUGUCUGUCCGGGAAGCGCUCACAGCUGGCCCCUAGGCCAUGACGCGGGGACCGAGUCCCCGCGCUGGCCUAGGGCUUUCGCCCCUUGGCCGGCCGAGGUGUGUCCGAAAGUCUGCCCGGGGUGUGUCCGAAAGUCUGCCCGGGGUGUGUCCGAAAGUCUGCCCGGGGUGUGUCCGGGGUGUGUCUGGGGUAUGUUCGGACUUUUUGCCUGGGGUGUGUUCGGGGGUCUGUCUGGGGUAUGUCUGGGGUGUGUCUGGGGUCUGUCUGGGGUAUGUUUAUACCCCACCUGUUGGCUUUUCGGCAAAAAAUUGUAGUCCGCUCGUGAUUGAGGAGGAUUUGCAUACCCCUGACACACCCCCGAACAUAUUCCCGAACAUACCCCUCGCCUGCAUUUUUGACCAGCUGCUGCAGUUUAGAUAGUAAUUCCUUCGGUUAGCCCAAAUAGCCCUACACAACUCCAGUGUAGUAAACUUGUCAUGCAACAGCGGUAUUCUUGCUGAUGCUUUUCUUGCCGUUCAUGCUAUACAAAUGAGGGGGAGGGGGAGCUAUGUGCAUUGUCAUACAGGCACAAGGACUACGAGAAGCACCACGACGACUUCCGGGACUACUUUGAGAGCGAAGUUAUCGCAAGAAAAAACUGAUGUGGUCUCAGUCUCAAGUUGUAAUGCGCGACUGGCUUGAGACAGUUUUUUGUCAUGCUGGAGAUGCAAUCGAAGACAGUCGUCUUUCAUACGUGUUUUGCCUUGCAUGUAUCUGAAGCAUCAUAGAUAAUCUGUUUCUUGCUUCGUAAAAAAUUUGAUGUCUUUUACUGAGUCUACUGCAAAUAAUGCCCUUGAGACCACUGAGGAACGUUUUUCUUUGCAUAGAAGUGAUGCAGGAGCUGAUUCAGCAAGCCAGGCGGGCGGAACGCCGACGCAGCAGCAUCCGCAGCUCUUUGUCGGAGCACCAGGACUACAUGCAGGAGUUCGUUUUUGCAGAGCUCGUGGCCUUUGUGGAGACCAAAAACCGCUCCAAGCGGGAGAUGGAGCAAAACCGCCGCGUGUACAACAGUGUCGUGGCCGACCUGGCCGACAUUUUUGGCGACCACCACGCGAGCCACCACGUCGACAAGUUUUCACGUGCGUCAGUAUCAAGAAGAAAAAUCCCCCCUCCCCAUAUCAAAGCGGAAAUCUGUGAUGCAGAUUUGUGGUCACAAAUCAGCUCUGUCGUGCUAGAAGGGAAAAGAUGUAGACACUGUAGCGCUGGUGGCCUGGGAAAGCCUGGCAUCUUCAGCAUGACAGGAGGCAGCAGGAAGUGGGAAACAGCAUGACAAGUUGCCUGCAACCGAAGCCACGGCUGCGGCUCUUGGCCUUCUAGCAACGCAAGUCGAUUUGUGUACUCAAAUACGGCAUCACGAAUUUCGUUUUCGAUAAGGGGAGGGGGGAUUUUUCCUUUUUAUAGUCAGAGCAAGCCAGCAUCAAACGCAGCAAGAAGCAGUUUCACGAGUCCAUGCUGAAGGCCAAGCCCCUUAUCAACUGUAAAAAUGUCUGGGUCUGGAAGAUUCUGACACUUGUCAUGCACGUUUUGCAUGAGCCAUGAUGUCUGUGAUGCAUACCCUAGCAAUACAGAUUUUUUGAGGGCUUCUUGAUGCGUAUUCCGCAUGACAAAUGCCUUCUCAGCGUAGAAAAAAAUGCAUUUCCUUUGGUACUCAUACAAUACAGAUUUUUUUGGAAUCCAAAUGCAGCAUCACAAGUUGCAUUCUUCCAGACCCAGACACUUUUACACUUCAUACCCCUGAUGCAAGAGCACUUCCAGGGCGCGAAUUCCUUGCAUACCGAAGAGCAAUUCCACAGGCUCAUGGAGCACAUGGAAGACAAACUCUACAACCAUUCGGACCACGAGGACCACGGCUUAACCUCUCGCAUGGUGCGGAAAAACCACGGGUUUGACAAGGCCUCGGGAUAUGGAUUGUAAAAAUGUCUGGGUCUGGAAGGUUGGAACUUGUAAUGCUACCUUUCCAUACCUAGAAAAUCUGUAUUGCAUAACCAACAAAAGUCGCAACCUCUUUUGUCAUGCAAAAACGCAGUUUCUCAUGCGGAUUUCCUAUGAGGAAGCGUUUUGGGAAGUUGUCAUGCCGGACUGCAUUCGGAAGUGUUUUCAUCAUGCACAAUUUAGCAUCACAAGUUUCCAGACCCAGACAUUUUUACAGUUGAUACGGGAAAGACGCAUGCAAAACCGAAGAUCGUGCACCAGAACACACCCGCGAGUGCGCAGCAGUUUAGUGGCAAGAAGACGGAAGAUCUGAAGGAGCUGAACCACUUGACCAAGGAGGAGCAGCAGCUGCUGCAGGAAUUUCGGGCGCAGAAGCAGCAGAAGCAGCAACGCCUGCACCCCACGAUCCUAUCAAAUGUAAAAAUGUCUGGGUCAGGAAGAUUUCUAGAUUUGUCAUGCAUAUUUGCCAUGACCCAUGAUGUCUGUGAUGCAUGCCGUAGCAUCACAGAUUUUUGGAGCGCUUUGUGAUACCUCUACCGCAUGAGAAAUGCCCUCUCCGCGUGGCACAAACUGGAGUUCUCUUGCUGGUCAUGCAAUACAAAUUUUUUCAGAAUCCAGAGACAGCAUCACAAGUUUAGAGUCUUCCAGACCCAGACAUUUUUGCAUUUGAUAGAGCCUGUUGCGGGACGAUCUGCAGAAGGUAGACGGCGCCCUGCCCGGAGACUUGUCGCCCCCGCGCGGGCUGCAGCUGCUGCCGGCGACGCCGCGCAUGAAGGGCAGUUUUUUUGCGGGAGACUGGAACACAGCUGCUGGUGGUCCACCAGGAGCGCAAGCGGGAGUAGAACAGCCCUACACGGAGUAUCGGGAUGGCGUGCAAUUCGAAGUAAACACCCCAACCCCGGCGAAUGCUGUGGCCACGCCGCCAUCGUUCCUCAAGAUGGACAACGUGCACCUGCCACACACGUCCCUUUUCGCCGCCGGUGGCAACAACCUGUUGAAAGCGACGAAACAGUACUCGCAGAGCCCGGCAACGACCUUCGCUGGCCACAAAACCGCGCGCGGGUCCCUCACUUCGGGCGAAGACGCGGAAAUUCAGAACAGCCUCCGUUUCGCGCAUAUCCAACAAAAAAACGUUGUUAGUGUAAAUUUGUGAUGCGCAACAUGCAAGAUGAUUGCGGCUGUCAUGCUUGGCAUACGUCGGAAGGUCCAUUAAAGGGCGUUUUCACGUACUAUCUGCGCAUGACAGGUUUUUGCUGUCAUGCGAGAGAUAUUUGUGAUGCUAAAUCCUCCAAGAAAGUUACACCUACAAUGUUUUUUCUUGGAUAGCGCAGGGAACUUACUCCUUCGAAAUGCCGCAGAUAAACAUGAUGCCGGUGUUAUCGUGAACAAAAACGUCCCCACCCCAGAGUCAAGAUGGGAUUUCUGCUAGACAAAUCUGUCAGCUUUGGGUGUUGCGCAUGACAAGUUUGGCCUCGUGGUAUGAUCCUGGUUAGCUUGUUCAGCAGCAUCACAGAUCUAGCAUAUCGCGCUGAUUCUAGCAUCGCAAAUCCCAAAACACAACUAGAAACUGCUUCUCAUGGGUCUCCGCAUGAGAAAAAUUUUCAGCAUGCAGACUUGCAUAACAACUCUGGGGUGGGGACGUUUUUACAUUUGAUAGGUGUUUCAGCCGGCAGAGUUGGUGGAACAAAGAUUGUUCAACGACCAGGUGCCCAGAAGGCGAGCAGAGGCAGUGAUGCAGCAGGACAAGCAGUAUCAAAUGCAAAUAUGUCUCGGUGUAGAAGGAAGAUGCGAGGUUUGUCAUGCUUAAAGCUGGCAUGACUGAAGAACUUGUGAUGCCUGCCCAAGAAGAGAUUCUUUUUCUUGUCAUGCAAAAAAGCAGCUUGUCAUGCGGAAACUGCAACGCUAAGCAGCGCAGAUACAACUUCUCAUGUAGUUUGGCUGUGCAUUACAGGACACUCACUAUAAUUCCCAACCCAGCAUCACAAGUUUAUUCCAGACCCAGACAUAUUUGCAUUCGAUAAGCAGCAAACGGUGACAACGGACGGAGAGCGUCGAACCCCGUCCCCUUAUGAGAGUGCACAACUCCCCCUCCCCCUCAUUUGUCAUGCAAAAUACCCAAUCCACCCUUUGCCUCUCGGCACUGUUUGCAUGGCAAGUUCUGGUAGCCGAAAUAGCACUAUACUCCAGUGCAAAUCUGUAUCUGUCAUGCAAAACCGACACUCUUGCUGAUGCUUGUAUUGCCGUUCAUGCUACACAAAUGAGGGGGAGGUGGGGUUGUGCACUCUCAUACCCCGUCGGGCAGGUUUAUUCUGGGGCAGAAGCCCACGAACUUUGGCAACAAAAGCGUGGACACGGUGUAUUUGGCUGACUUGACCAGCUUUGACAGCAAGAAGGUAUAGAUAGAAGAAGAAUCUUAAUUUUGAUGUUCUCGUCAAAAAUAACCUACGCGAGAAAUUGUAUCGAUACAACUAGGGUUGUUCGGGUUGUACUAUUAAUUACUAAAUAAAGUUCUUGCGAGGUAAAGCAAAUCAAAUACACAUGAUUUGUCUUCCUCUACUACUUCCAGGUAGUUGUACUAGUUGCAGUUCUCUCUUGAUGUUCCACACAUCGUAGCGGUCCUCGUGGACCCACAUGUAAUUUUUAUUCCAUGACACAAGCAGAGUUGCAACCGAUUUAUUGUCAUGCAGAAAUUACGAUACAACAAAGCAAACUCUAUCCACAACCCCAGGCCGCCGUCGACGCCAAGCAGCGGUGACAAAAGAGGGUCUGCGAGAGGGGUAAAAAAACCCGAAUCCGCCCGGCACAGGGCUGAUGUUUUUGCGGCCCUUUCAUGCAAAAGCCCGAACCCUCUCGCGCCACCCUCUCGCGCAUCCUCUCGCGCCACCCUCUUGCGCCACCGUCUCGCGCCAACAAUUUUAUUUCCCCGGGGAAUCAGGUGGGCGGGCGCGGGGUGGUGAUAAACAAAGAGCAGCGCCGGCCUCUGUCUGAUUCUUUUGGCACGCACCUACGCCGGGGCGGCAUCUCUUCGCCCGCAAGGUUUACUGCAGCUGCCACCUGCGCAUAGCGCCUAAAGGCGCGGGAAGCGCGCAGGAGGCCCUGCGGGUCGACCUCGCGCAAAAUGGCGCUCGAAGUUUCCUCGGUCCGUCACACUGUGCCCAAAGCUUUUGUGUCGCGGCCCGAUCCGCAAAUAGUCAAACCCCAGCACAACAGCCUUGCGCUCCGGCGGCAGCCGGAGCAUGGCUGGUUUAUUGUCAUGCAGAAAUUACGACACAACAAACUUUGUUGAACUGCAAAAGCAUCGUACUCGUAUAAAUGCAUUACAAAUUUCCUCAGCAUGAGAAACAAAAUGAAAAUUUGUAAUGCAGAUUUGCUUUGGAAACAAGAUUUGUAAUGCAAUACUACAAAACAAACUAACUAUCCACAACCCCAGGUCGCCGUUGACGCCAAGCAGCGGUCCAACGUCACCACUGUAAAUUCCAAGCAGUCACAGCAGCCUGUCAUUUAUCAACGAUAA